UCCUCGUGACACUUUUCUCGCCGACGACGACCACACAACAACCCUCCACGACCAAGAAUCGAGAACCACUCACGAUCGCUCGUCACCCGAACGAAUUCGUCCACCCUGUCUUCGCAAAUUAUCAUUUAAAUUGGCGCCCUCGCCCCUCGCCCACGUCCAGGUCUAGCGCUCAGACCUCCCCCGUCAAGCCUGUCCAGCUUUAUCUCUUCUCACACACAGCAAAACGAAGCAGCCUCCGUCUACCUUGGCGGCUUACGUCCUUGGGCUUCCCUCUCAAACGGUAUCCUAAUCGAGCGAUCAACACUGCGACAAUGUCCGUUGAGAUCGAGCCCUUUGAGCUCGGCUUCCGCCGGCCCUUCACCGUCGAGGUCUCACAGAUCCUGAAGCUUAAGAACACUAACAAGCAACCUGUCGCAUUCAAGGUCAAAACCACCGCUCCCAAGCAGUAUUGCGUGCGACCGAAUUCCGGCCGUAUCGAGCCGGGUCAUGAAGUCGAGGUCACUGUCCUUCUCCAGGCCAUGAAGCAGGACCCUCCUCUGGACACAAAGUGCCGCGACAAGUUCUUGGUCCAGUCCGUCAUAAUUUCUAGCGAUCUCGAAUUCAGCAACGUGCAGACGAUUUGGGACUCUGUUGAGAAGUCUAGCGUUCAGGAGAAGAAAAUAAGAGUCACCUUCCUCCCUGCCGGCGGCUCAGAGCCUGCUGUUGCCGCCACACCCGUCAAGCAACAGCAGCUUGCGAACGGCAUUGAGGACACCCCUCCACCCUACUCCUCGCCCGACGAGCACAGGCCGGCCAGCAGCAAUGCCCCACCGUCCGAAGUGAUCAGCGAGCCCCGAGACGACCCAGAGGUCACUGCGCCUAUUGCGCAAUCUCCCCAGGUAGCCCAGCAGGCCUCGGAUAGCGAUCUGAAGCGAGAGCUGGCUGGUGCCUCUGUCGCGACUGAGGGGCUGCGCCAGCGCAAGACUGCUGCCCCUGCAGAUGAAAAGCCGGGUGCCGCGGCCGUUGCGUCGGCCGUCAGGCCGCAGGGCACGGAGGGGGUGCCGAUUCAGCUCGUCGCGAUAUUGUGUCUUGUCAGCUUCCUCUUGGCAUACUUCUUCUUCUAGCUGUGAGGACAUCAUCUGGUCUGAAGACUGCGGAGCACGAGUUGUACGACAGAGUAGCAGGAGAAACCUGAUAGGAUAGGGCGGCAUCUGGCAAGCGAGACGAAGCAGGCUGGCGUUGCGGGACGAGUCCGCGGGUCCAACCUUGGGCGUAGAGAGAUAUCAUCACUCGCACGAGAAUCCCUACAGAUCAUCCUGAACCUGGCGCUUUGCUGCUCACGCUGGCCGAGGACACCGAUCCGACAUUCGAGACGGGCAAGGACAACUUUUCAUUGCUUGUCAUGAUGUAGGAUGGGAAAAUGGGGUGGACCAAUCGUUUCUUUACGGCGCGGCCUCCAGUCUUUGUAUCUUACCUUUGUAUUUCUGUUCUUAUCGUUGUUGAUUUCAUUGGCAGCCUCGACCGGUCUAUACUAGGCUGUGUAUGAUUUGUGUUGCGCCUACUAAUGAUAUGCCAUUCCCUAUGUUAACUUGUACAGGUCUGAAUUGAAUGUUCCGCAACAAUGAUGUCGCCCUCGGAGCAGCCCAGAACUGCUGCAGCAUGUUAGUUGGGAAGAUGGUGACACAGGACAAAUAUGACUUCUAUUUUUCAU